CCUGGCAAUACCAGAGAUUUCUGGAUUGUUAUACAUAACAAUUCCUAAUGUAGCAACCGUGCACAAACAACAUAUUCUAUAUCGCUGUGCCAUGAAUGGUUUAUUUAGUAAAUUUAGUAGUUAAAAGUGGAGGAGAAGUAUGAUUAUACUUUCCUAGUGCGCUUAAUGAGAGGAUUCAAGCAAAAGAGUUAUAUUCCACUCUGAAAGCUACUCUGCCGUGUCGAAAAUGUGCUAAGUCAUAUUGUGUGACAUGUCACAUACUUUCAUCAGUUUCAAAUUGUCACUCUACAAACAGCUUAUCUAGAAUUGUCCAUUUACCUUCAAAUUGUUACUAACAUACACUGCUAUAGAAUUUUUAAAAUUGCAGAAUACAUGGCCGCUAGUAUCCAAGCGGAACUUAAAAGACUGCACAGACGUAAACAAUUACAGUACAGCGCAUACGCCUCCGAUGGCAGUAGUUCAGGUGGUGAACAAGUCGAAGGAGCACCUUCACGUCCCAAAGAUAGAGCUUUGUUUACAUUUAAACAGGUAGGUCUUUACGACGCCUUCGUUAGAUUCACCUAUGACCAGAUACAGAAAAAUUACGAAGCUGUGCCGAGUUAUUUAUCAUAAACAUGAAGCGUUAAAUUCGACGAGUUUGAUAUGCCAUUAGAGUUCGCAUAUUCAAGUGUCAUUAGGUAUUUCGUAUACAGUAACACUUUAUAUUAUAAUAUAUACCCGCAGUUUAAAUGUCGUAUGUUAACU